UCCACAAAAUCCAAAACCCAAAAGCUUUUUCCUCUCUGCAAGACUCUCCACUCCCUCGAAUCUCGUUUACCUACUCUCGCUUUCUCAACCCUCUCCUAUUUCAAUCCACAACCAGCAAGCAAGAUACCCCGUCACUGUUUCUUCUUCCUCUGGUCCUCUGAACGGUUGAAUCUUGCCCUGCGCCCACCCUUUUCUUGAUUCCUAACUUUUCUGUAAUUUCUUGAUCUCUCCGCACGGAAUCGGCCAUGGAAGGAGCUGGGGUUUGGGAAUGAAACCCUUGAUUUUAGAGGCAAUGUGAGAACGAGAUUGUCAAGUUCUAUGAUGGUGGCUGCUAUUUCUGAAGCAGCUUCGACUGACCCGCUGAACGGCAAGAUUUCCUCCAGGCAACAGGAAGAAUCACAAAACCGCCAAAAUCCGUUGAGACCCCCGCUCCUACCUUCAGAGAAAGACAAUGGCACCGUGCCCCGAAGGCCCAAGGGCAGGCAGGUCUCUUCUAGGUACAUGUCUCCCUCUCCGUCUACCUCCACUUCUACUUCGACUUCGACUUCGUCGUCUUCUUCAUCUAGGAGAUGUCCGUCACCGCUCCUUUCACGCUCCACCAAUUCCACUCCUGCAUCGACCCCGCUGGCCUCUGCGCUGCCCAAACGCUCCCAAUCAGUGGACCGUCGGCGGCCCGGAACGACGCCUAGGUCUGUGACGCCUCUUCCCGAUUCCAGGCAAGGCAAUGUUGGUGAUGUAUCGGCAGCUACGAAGCUUUUGGUCACGUCUACUCGGAGUUUAUCGGUUUCGUUUCAAGGGGAGGCAUUUUCGCUUCCGAUUAGCAAGACCAAGGCGGCGACGCCGACUUCGAGUAAUGCCAGAAAGGCUACGCCAGAGCGACGGAGGUCAACUCCUGUUAGAGGUAAGGGUGACGGCGGAGGAGAUCAGGGAGAGAACUCGAGACCCAUGGAGCAGCAUCGAUGGCCGGGUAGGACUCGGCAGACAAAUUCAAGUUCCAAUCAGUUGUCAACGAGUGUGGACUGCACUGGUGAUAAGAAGAAGCUUCUUGGAAAUGGAUAUGGAAAAGUGGUUCGGGCAUUGCAGCAAUCGAUGAUGGAUGACGGUAGAAGGGCAUCUUUUGAUGGGGGAUUGAGUUUGGAUUUGGGCAAAGUUGAGCUACUCAAGGCUGCACAGCAAUCCCCCGAUGUAAAUUCAGUGAACGAGUCUUCCUUGCCUUCUGAUCUCAACACAUCUGAUACGGACAGUGUUUCCUCUGGUAGCACUUCAGGAGCUCAAGAUGGUAGUGGUGGGGCUUCUAAGGUGAAAGGUGGACCUCGUGGCAUUGUCGUAUCUGCGAGGUUUUGGCAGGAAACUAAUAGCCGCCUACGCCGCUUGCAGGAUCCAGGUUCACCUUUAUCAACAAGCCCUGGCGCGAGAAAUGGGGUACCAGCAAAAUUGACUCAAUUAAAAAGGUUCAAUAGUGAUGGCACAUUAUCAUCACCAAGAACUAUGGCUUCCCCAAUUAGGGGAACGGCUCGUCCUGCAUCCCCUAGUAAACUUUGGGCAUCUGCUUCAUCGUCACCUUCUAGGGGGAUGCCUAGUCCAUCUCGGGUGAGAAGUGCGGUUGCCUCCUCUAUCAACAGCAAUUCUAGUAGUGCACCUUCAAUUCUGAGUUUCUCUGUUGAUCUUCGGAGAGGGAAGAUAGGGGAGGAUCGAAUAUUUGAUGCGCAUACGUUGAGGCUUUUAUAUAAUCGGUAUUUGCAGUGGAGGUUUAUUAAUGCCAGGGAAGAUGCUACUUUGAAGAUUCAGAAACUGAAUGCAGAGAAACAUUUGUGGAAUGCAUGGGUAUUAAUCUCAGAACUUCGGCAUUCAGUCAUACUUAAAAGAAUCAAGUUGCUAUUGUUGAGGCAAAAGUUGAAGAUAACUGCCAUCCUAAAGGGACAGAUGCCUUAUUUGGAAGAGUGGGCACUUCUAGAUAAAGAUCACACCAGCUCUUUGCUUGGAGCAACUGAAGCUUUAAGGGCCAGUACCCUCCGUCUUCCUGUUGUUGAAAAAGCGAUAGCUGAUGUACCAAAUCUGAAGGACGCUGUGGGUUCAGCAGUUGAUGUGAUGCAGUCAAUGGCAUCCUCAAUAUACUCUCUUUUGUCAAAGGUGGAAGAAACUAACUCCUUGGUGGCGGAACUUGUAAAAGUGACCACAAAGGAAAAAUUUUUGCUUGAACAAUGCAAGGAUUUCUUGUCCUCAUUAGCAGCCAUGCAGGUUAAAGAUUGUAGCGUAAGAACACAUGUAUUACAACUUUGUCGUGUGCCAACUACCAGCUGCCUGACAACACGUGUGUAGAACUGAUCUUAUUUGACCGCUCACUCUCAAUGCUAACAUUAACCCCAGACGUUUUAUUUUUCCAUGGGGUGGAGAUGAUGACACAGAAGGUAAUAACAACGGAAAGGAGUCGAUAGCUGGUCUUGUCUUUUAUUUUCCAUUUUGAUCCCUGCUGUGGUUUCUACGUCCUGUGUGUAGUUUUUAUCUUCGUGUCCGAAUGUUACAGAAAAAAGGGUGGUUUUUCUCUCACUAGUUAGCUGUAUACAGUUCACUUUGUCAUUCGAGGAAAGGUAAUGUGUAUCAGUCUAUGUGUAUAUAUAAAUAUAUGUAAUCAACUCACCAUUGUUUAGUAGGUGUUCUGUGGCCAAGAUAUUCAUUUGAAGCUGGUA